UUCAUUUUUCUUUCGCAAUAAUCUUACGGCUAAAACACGUUUUUCUUCCCUGUAGUACCCUCUAGUUUUCUCGAAACUCAACUUUCGUGUCUCGGUAGUUUGUUUUUUUCGUCAUCAUUUAUGUUCACGGACAUCCAUCAACCAAAAGUUCAAGAACUCAACGUGUACGAGAUCAACGAGCGAGAUCGUUCAAGCCCUGCGUAUCUCAGUUUAAGCCAGAAACCUGUGCAUGCCCUCGGAGACCUUGUGCCCUUCACUAACAAAAUAUACACCGGAGAUCUUCAGAAACGGUUGGGGAUAACGGCGGGAAUCUGCAUUUUGAUCGAAAACAAGCCGGAGAAGAAAGGAGAUCGAUACGAGGCAAUUUACAGCUUCUAUUUCGGGAACUACGGCCACGUGGCGGUUCAGGGGCCGUACUUGACUUACGAGGACACGUAUCUGGCUGUGACUGGUGGGUCUGGGAUUUUCGAAGGGGCGUACGGGCAGGUGAAGCUGCACCAGAUUUUGUUCCCCUUCAAGAUUUUGUACACAUUUUAUCUGAAGGGGAUUGAGGAUUUGCCUGAGGAGCUUACAAAUGUGAAGGUUGUGGAGCCCGGCCCUGGUGUGGAGCCCAGCCCUGCUGCCAAUGCCUGUGAGGCCCAUGCCACCGUGUCCAACUUCACCAACUGAUGAGAAUUGCAGAAGGAAUGAGAGGAAUUGGAUGAAUUUGGUAUUUUAUUAAAUGUUUUGUGUGUUUUGAAGGCAAUGUAUCGUUUUGAACAACGCAUUUUAUAUAAGGAAAACUAAUGAAAAUGAUUUGAAAACUUUGAAUUUUAAGAUAAGAACAAAAUAAA